UGGGCUCUGUGCAGUUUGAUUGGAUGAGCAGGACGCAGCGACGUGACACAGCGGCACCAAUACCAAUGAAUGGGUAGAGGGACGCAAAGGAGGCUUGCAGGCUAAAAAACAUUUGCCGUGUGUCACAGUUCUGUAGGAGAUGGGAGGUGUAUGUAUGUGCCUACUGCCUCGAGUGAGGACGUUGUUUUAUCAUUUUCUAAUCAUUGUCAUAUGCAUGUCUUGUAACAGAGGCAGGUAAAGGUAGCGGAGCGACAGGAACCCGCCCUUAUCCAUUCUAUAAUACAGUGACGUAAUUUUCUUCGGUAUAUACCGCUAACAAGCUAGCUAGCUAGCUGCACAACGCAUCUACCAGAAUGGCAGGCGCUGUCACUAGCAAAGGUUGUCAGAAGAUCAGAGGCUCUCAAAUUAAAGAGCUUCUUGAUGCAAAACGCAAUGUCCUUUUCGACUGCGAUGGCGUGAUUUGGAAUGGCGAAACGGCAGUUCCUGGUGCACCGGAGGUAGUGAGUUUAUUGAAACAGCAAGGCAAAAACGUAUUUUUCGUAACCAACAAUUGCACCAGGCCUAGGGAGAACUACGUGCAGAAGUUUUCCAGGUUGGGCUUCAAUGAUGUCGCACAGGAGGAGAUUUUUAGUUCGGCGUAUUGCUCUGCGGUUUACUUGCGAGACGUGGCUAAGGUGCAAGGCAAGGUCUUUGUCAUCGGGGGUAGUGGAGUGUACAACGAGCUCCGGGACGCUGGCGUGCCUUUCGUGGAAGAAGAGACUGAUACCGCUGGUGGGAGCAUAUACGACUGCCCGUUAGAUUCGGAAGUCAAGGCAGUUCUGGUUGGGUACGAUGAGAAAUUUAAUUUCCUGAAACUGGCUAAAGCUUGUUGCUACUUGCGGAAUGCCGACUGUUUGUUUUUGGCCACCGACCCUGAUCCUUGGCAUCCACUGAGAGGUGGUAGAGUAACGCCAGGUUCAGGAAGCCUCACUGCGGCACUGGAAACGGCAACUGACCGCAAGGCAACUGUGAUCGGGAAGCCAAGCCGCUUCAUGUUCGAGUGCAUAGCCAGCCAGUUCGGAGUUGACCCCGCCCAGUCCCUCAUGGUGGGUGACCGCCUGGAGACGGACAUCCUCUUCGGAACCAACUGCGGCCUGGACACCAUGCUCACCCUGACGGGGGUCUCCAAGAUGGAGGAGGCCGAGGGAUACAAGGACAGCGACACCCCCGAGAAGAAGGACUUUGUGCCGGAUUACGUGGUGGACACCAUUGCUGACUUCCUGCAGAUUGAGGAGGAGGACUGAUGAUCUCAAUGGCCUGCAGCAAGGAGGACUCUGGCGACCUGCACUAAUCAAAGGGCAGUCAGCCAGUGCACCCACGACACUAUCUCUACAAUUUUACUGGACUUUACUCCUCGUUUUCUCCUAAGCACAGCUACAUGAGCCAUUAUCUCUCUUGGUUUGGACUAUCUCAGAAAAAAGCACAACUGUGCAAUGUGCACAUAAAUAUGUCUCAGAGCCAGCUGUGCAGUCAUGGUUUGACAGAAUGUUGGGGUGUGGCCGCAGCAACCUUUCAGAAGCAUUUAAACGUACUUGACAGAAAAUGAGUAACAAUUUCGUAGUGUACUGUUUUCCAAAAGCAGAUCCUAGGUGCUUUUAGAUCCACACAACUCUUGGAGAAACAGCAGUGAAUGCACAGAUGGUAACAAUGAAGCUAAGAUCUGCUUAUCUGAAAUAGACGGACCGACGUUGUGCUCUUUGAGACAAUCAACCUGUCUUAGCAUGCUAGUUGGCGAAAAAAACUUCCUCUGGUCUCAAGUCUGGAUACUGUAUGUAGCUUGGGCCGUUUAGCCUCAUUGAGUAUUCAGAUAACUUAUUCAUACAACAUGCUGAUAAAAAUAACGUUGAUGACACUGUAUUCACAAUGAAUAGUUUGUCCCCUGUACCUCAGUCUUUCCCUGUCACUGCGGACCACAUACACUCAAGUUCUACUGUUGUAAGCAGUCAGUCAGUUAAAUGACUUGUGAUUCCUGAAAAUGUGCAAUUCAGUGGACAGGGUAGACAUGUGAUAAUCUUUGUCAUUCAGUCAGCAGUCGUUUUUUCUGACACAAACUUCUUGGAUCAGAGGCUCGUGAAAACUUCUCAUCUUCUGUCUGGGAGCAGAAACGAAAUGGUUCCCAGUUUCUGUUUCUUGCCUUUGUUGCAGAAAUGUGCCCUCCUUCAGCACUUUUUUCAUCUAUCAAUGGGGGAUAUGACCUUCCUAAUAAUAUUAACCUUAGCUCACAGCUGUGAGACAAAGCUACUUUUUGUUUAUGGAUAUGUAAUACUCCUACUACUCCUUCUACUGCCACUACUCCUUUAGCUGACAGGAUUUGAAGCAAAAAUGACUGCAUCACAUUUUUGAAAAAUAGUUUGAUGACGCACAGGUCUGAAGGAUUGAAAACACGAGUAUUACCCUUCAUACUGUGUAGUCAUAUGCAGCCAUACACAUGCUCUUAUUGUCCCAAGAAAUGUGAAAAUUAGUGAUGCAGUGAGUAAAGAUGAUUGGUCAAAUGAGAUGACUAAUAGUAAGAGGUCACAAAGGGCAUAUUCAUAUUUUAAUGAUCAUUUUUAUUAUUUAUUUACAUUUCCAUUGUUAGAUAAUGUUAUAUGUGCCACUGUGCAAAGUAUGCCAAAAUAUCAACUGGAGCAGUUUGUCAUAUGUGCAUAAAGACACCAACCAAUAUGAGCAUUCCCUUUUGUAUCAUCUAUGUUUAAUGAACAUAGAUGCUUGGCCUUAGACAGUCAGAGCAUAGGUAAGUUUUAUAGGUGCCUGAGUACCAAAUGAAGCAGUAUUACCUGGGCAAAUGGGACUC